AUGCUCGAGAUCCUCGUGGAGAUCGCGUGCAGCAUCUUCAUCUGCGGUACGGCGGUGUAUUUCUUCCUUCUGACCGUCCCUGCAGAAGAGCGAGGCGUUGGUAAGGAGGGCAGCGGGAACUGCCGCCGUCGCCAUGCUGGUAACGUUGGACCUGGCGCUGGCUGCUACGGCGAGCGAAGCAUGCCGUCGCUCGAGCGGAGCCGCAAGUGUGAAGAGGCGAUGUGGGUCAAUGUGCUGGGCCGGUGGGUCGCCCUCCUGGUGCUUGGCGGUGGCUCCGUCGACAAGGACGUGUGGACCGACCGUAUUGCCUAUUUUAUUGAGGAGGGUGCGAAGAGGGUGGGGGAUGCAGUUGGGCGGAAGUGUGCGAAGGAUGGGGGUGGAGAGCGGGCAAUGCGUCUGGGCCCCGAACCUGUUCGUUUUGUGCGCGUUGAACUGGGUGGUGGGGGUUGCGUGAGCGGUUCGGUGGGCCAACAGCAGCAGCAACAGCAACAGCAGCAGCAGCCGUAUAGCGCCACCUCGCAGGGCGGCGCGGUAGGUGGGACGUACCAUGCCAGGACAAACAGCGACGUGAAUCGCGUAAGCGGAGGCUUCGCAGAGGCACCGGACGGCGGUGCGGUCUCGAAUCCGUUGAUUGGUGUUGUGUUGCCGCGCGUGGGCCCGAGUGGCAUUAUCUCAUUUGAGGCCCCAUUCAACGUUGCCACACGGGAGGUCGGUGCGGAGUGUGUCCCAUCUGCAGUGAUAAGGAUGAAAAAAACACUGCGGUGCUUUGUUGUGCCCAUAACAUACGAGGACCAACGGUUUGCGUUGCAGCUCGCCUGCCACCUACCGCUCCUGUUCGGUCUCCCAGCAGCGCUAAGCAUUCCGGCAGACGUCUUGACUCUUCGCUGCGCCUUAUCGGUCAGGCGUGUCAUUUUCCACGGCGUAUUGUACGCUGCCUUCUUGGAUAACAUGGUUGAACUUAGUUUUGCGAGUGAACCGCAAUUCACGGCCUUGUUUGAUGCUGCUUCAGUCAACAGACACCAUCACCCCCUUAACCGCUGGCAACAACAGCAACAGCAACAGCAAUCCGCCCGUAAUAGCGUCCGUUGUGCUGUUCCUGGUGAGAUGAACGCAGCACUUCCGCCGUUGACCUCAGCGGUUGGCGGGGGUGCUGCCUCCUUGGCACACCGCUCAAAGGAGAAACUGCAGGAGAUUGUCGACCUUGCAGUCAAGAGAGCCGUGGAGUCCAUCACAUACCCCUGUGUGCUGCAGGGGCACGUGGGCCCGCCGCGCAAACAGACGAGUCCGGGUGCUACCGCAGAGGGGAAUGCGCCAACGAAUAGUCUCGGUGAUGGAUUAGUGACGUGGACGUUGCAGAAGGCGACCUUGCCACUUUGCUGCUGA